AUGGCGUCUCAUCUUCCAGAGGGGCUCUCGCCCGACUCGGUCGACACCCUCACUGAAUUGAUGUCCAUCGUUGUUAAACUACGCUCAGCUCAAGCGGCAGCUAGCGGGGGCAUGUCAACACCGGCACUUGGCAAUCUUGUCGGCUUGCCCAACAUUAGCGGAACCACAGGCGCCAUGUCUAUUGCUGGAGGGCCAAGCGGCGCGACACCUACCCUGGGUGCGAUGACCGGAUCCACGCCGUUGGCCGGCGGGAUCGGCGCCGCGGGAAGCGGGACCGGCAUGCUCAGCAUCAAGGGGCUGCCCGCCGCAACUGACAACCUGAAGCACAAGCUUCAGCGGGCGCGCGCCUUGGUUAAAACUCUGCCCGACGUAGGGCGGAGCAUUGCGCAGCAGGAGGCAGAGAUCAGCGAGCUUGAAGAGCGGAGGAGGAGACAGGUGGCUAUGCUCGCAAGGAUUAAGGAUGAGGGUCUACAGUUUGCGAGCGCCGAGCAGAGCACGAGGGAUGAGGGAGAGCGGAUGGUAGAGUAA